UUUUUUAUAAUCCCCCAAAUAUUGAGGAUAUAGCGUUAGCCUUUGUGACAGCUACAUUUGUCUUUGGCGGCUUUUUACGGUGAACAGACAGUUUUGUUGCGGUUUGUUUAUAUAAUAAGGUUAAUAAUUGCAGAACCUGACCGGCCCUGGACUCUGUACCAAAUAAGCUGGCACAGAAACAAGAUUGCACAACAAACUACAGGGGUUCAGCGUGCAGAGGGGGGAUGUUGCUGAUGUCGUUGUUCCUGCUCUGCAGUGUUCCUGCAGCCUCUGCCUGUCUGCAGUGUGACCGCAGGAUCAGGCUCCUUCAUGAGGACUAUAUCCUGUCUGCUCCCACUGUGGACAACCAGAUUGAAAUGAAAAAGAUUCGUGACUAUGCCUAUGUGACCUACAAAGAUACCAGCCGCCAACGAAAAGGAGUUAUUGAUCCCACCACUCUGUACAGAGCCAGAACUGAGUACCAGAGUGAAUUUAACGUCUUCUUGAAAACCCCGCACACUGGAUCUGUAACAUUUGAAGCCAUCCAGAUCAUGGAGAAGGGCAGGAAGAUCUUAGAGAAACACUUGAACACAUUCAUCCAUGAUGGAAUCUGCCCUAACAAGUGUGGGCUUUUGAGACGAAGAGUAAUGGAUUGCUUCUCUUGCCGCUACAAGAUAUACAUCUGUCCCUCUCCCUCUGGCCAGCAGGAUUGUGGUGAGUAUCCAGUGCAAGCUGAGGAAGGAGGCCAGGUGGUGUUGAACUGUUUUCUCCCAUGGCAUCGCCUUCUGAUAGAAAGACCAGAGUAUCACUACUCCUGGGCCCCUGGUGUGCCAAGAACUGAAAAGCUGAAUGAGAGUGACUUCAAACCCUUGGUUGUGACAAAGGACUCAUCUGUGGUCUUAAAUCAGCUUCAUGUGGAUGAACAAGGAACAUAUCGCUGCUCUCUGCAGGACCGAAAUAGAACUGUCCUCUACCGAGUCACUUUCUUACUCACUGUUGCCCCUUUGCCUGACCAGACUCACCGACCCAUCAUCACUUUGCCUCCCCUGCCUCACGGAGACGACUACUCACUAUUUGAACCCACUGAGGGCCUACUGUCGUCAGUCAUUGCCACAGUAACUGCUCUGAGUCUGGUAGCGAGCGUAGGCCUCACAGUUGUCCUCAGAAUGAUGGUAAAUCAGAGGAGAGCCACAGAGGAGCCAUGAAGAUGGAGGAAGGAGGAAAAAACCACACAAAACACGGCAUGAAGAAGAUACUGUAUAAAGUACACUCUUUAAUAACA